UUUCUGCACCUGGGGAUAGAACAACAUCCAGUGAGCGCAAGGGGUAAAGCACAGCUGGUUUGAAGGCUCCAGGUACAGGAGAAGGAAGACAGGACAGCAAGAGUCUUGCUGGUCACAACCUCAGGCAGAUUGCAAGGAUUUCCUCUAGGCUGGUGAGUGGGUAGCAAAAGCCAUCCCCUCUUGCCCCAUCACACACGUGGCAUGGAUGUUUGCAGCUCCAGCCUGCAAUUCCCUCCCUCUAGCUGGAAAAUGGUUAACACUGAUUCCUUCUGGUGUAAUUCUCAUAUGACUGACCACAGAACUAUUAAUACCUGAACCCAGAGCUGCUUCAGCCAAACAACUCACUCCCUCCAAGGGGAAGAAAACCACAACUUCUCCUACCCCUGGAAAAACCUUUUGUCAGUGCAAGGCCAGCAGCUCAGAUGCAACGGGAGGGGUCUGGCUUGCUGAUGCCCCUCGGGGGAGAGCUCUGAGCAGCAUGAGAGAGCUCGGCUUGGUGCUCCUGUGCCUCCUGCGCCUCUCCAGGAAGGGUGUGCAGUGCAAUGGCUGGUCUGUCCACGUCCCGUCUGACGUCACUGGAGAGCUUGGGAAGAUGGUUAUCCUGCCCUGCACCUUCACACACCCCUACAAAACAUUUGACCGCGCCCUCACGGCCAUCUGGAGGAUCAAGGAGCCCUACAACGGCACGGUGAUCUUCAAGUGUGUGAGCCAGAGCAGCAGCGAGCUCUGCAGGACUGCCAUCAGCCACAAGAACAAGUACAAACUGCUGGGCAACCCCCGGCACAAGGACCUGUCCAUCAGGGUGGACAACCUGACCUGGAGCGACAGCGAGAGGUACUUCUGCCGGGUGGAGCUGGCCGGAGAUGUCCAGGACAAGUAUGAGAGCAGGAAUGGGAUAAAGCUGCACGUGAUUGCCGCCCCCAGGAUCAUUAACAUCACGGUCAGCUCCAGCAGGGACCACACCUUCCAGGCCCGCUGCACAGCCGAGGGGGAGCCAGCGCCCACCCUGACCUGGACGGGACCCCCCUACAGCAGCCUGGGCUCCAGCAGCAGCUCCAGCCACCGCGUCACCAAGGAGCUGCACUCCCUGACCCACGAUGGGAAAUACACCUGCACGGCUGUCAACAGCCACGGCAGGGCAGAGGGGGCCGUCUACUUCUACAAAUUCAGGGCUUCCGACAGCUCCUCCUUCAUGGUCCUGGUCUUCGUCCCGCUGGGAAUCAAGGUGGUCAUUUUGCUGGCGAUACUGAGCUUCACUGCUUUCUCCAGAGAAGGUCCCCCCUCUGCUCCACCCAGCCUGGCCAGGCCCCAGCAGCCGGAGUGCACCUACGAGAACUGCGAGCGCGGAGGCAGCCGGAGCCGGCCCGCGGCUGGGGCAGCGCCCCGGCGCAGCUGAGGGGCCACAGGCACCAUCCCCACGGAGCUGCUGCCUUCCCCAGGGAGCACAGGGGUCACACCAGCCUCGGGGAGGCUGGAGCUCCCUCACCUCCAAGGGCCCUGCCACGGCGCUAGGAGUUCCAGCUCUGCUUCUCCUCACAAGUGAGAGCAGCCUUUAUGGGGGAAA